UGGUCAGUGUGAGGCCGGAGCCGGGUCCCUGUCCCUGUCCCCGGGGGCGGUGCAGUUGAACGUGGGGCCUGCGAUCCGGGCUCUGUCCUGCUGCCGCUUCCCGCGAUGCUGCCUCUUUGCCGGUGGCUCCUCCGGGCCCCGCGGGUUUGGAGCCGGGAGCUGGCGGUUUGCGGAGGCCGGGCCCUGGGGCAGCGCGGCCCCGGGAGGCCCUACAGCCAGAAGCAGCGGAGUUUCCGGGUGGCUCUGCGGCGCUGGCUCCGGGGCCCGCUGGUCCCCCCGUUCCCGCGGCCUUGCCUGGUCGGGGAGCCGGUGCUGCGGGCUCGGGCUGCGGCCGUACCCACCGCCGAGGUGACAGGCCCCGAGGUCCAGCGGCUGGUCGCCGCCCUGGUCCGGACCAUGCGGCGGCUCGGGGCCCUGGGCCUCAGCGCCCCACAGCUCGGGGUCUCACUCCAGGUGAUGGUGCUCGAGGUGACCCAGGAGAUACUCGAGGCCGAGGCUCCAGCCGCCCGCCAGGCCCGGGACAUGGUCCCUGUCCCGCUCCGGAUCUUCAUCAACCCCCGGCUCCGGGUCAUCGACUCAACAACCGUCACCUGGCCCGAGGCCUGUCACAGUGUCCCGGGAUACGCGGCCUGUGUGCCCCGGUACCGGGCGGUGGAGGUCACAGGACUGAAUGAACAUGGGAAGACUGUUUGUUGGCAGACUUCAGGUUGGACAGCACGGAUCCUACAGCAUGAAAUGGACCAUUUAAAUGGGCAGCUCUACAUCGACAAAAUGGACAGUGCAACCUUUGAGAACCUGCACUGGAUGGAAGAAAAUGACUGAAGUAGAUGAUGUGUCACAAAGGCACUGGUGACAUCCCCAACAAGCUCAUCGUUGAUCAGUGGACAACAAUCAAAAAGCCCCUGUGUUUGAGCAACAUUGAUUGGUAAACAUUCACCCAUGAUACUGGGUAAAAUUUAAAAUGCAGCCUUAGGAAUCAGCAACUUUGUAAAACUGAUAAAUUAAAAUCAGAAUGCAAUUUAAAUCUUGA